CGAGAGCUUCAGACCUCUUUUCUGGGUUGGGCCUUUUUCUCACUGCAUCAGUAAGAGGUCAUAGGAAGGGAAAACUGGGUUUAAUGAUUGAAAGCUCUGAGAUCAGCCAUUCUGCUGCUGGCCUCCAUGAUUAGUUCUCCCCAUGGAGGUCGAGGUGAUGGGGAGGGAGUUGCAGUCCAGGGAGAUAUUUGGCGCUAUAUGUCUCUGAAUUUCCCCACUGUUUGACUUGAUGCUAUGUUUCAGAGUUAAAAAUGAUGGGUUGGGUCUUCAGCUGCUGCUGCUGUGGUUUUGAGACCAUGGCAUAGGUGGGACGUGUCUCCAGCACCCUGUGAAACAAGCCAGUCCUGAAGCACGGGCAGCAGCAGGACAGCAAGAAACAGCCUCUCUGAAGGCUUUCUCACGUGCCGUUCCCAUCCUGCCAAAGCCUCACCAAGAUGUCGUGCUACCUACACCAGUGCCUCCCUCCAGUCUACCAGAACUCCAUCCCCAUCAAGUACUCACCAGUAUAUACUGCCAGACAUCUGCCAGUGCCUACCUGGCACUCGACACUAUGCACACCACAAUAUGUGACCCCCUGCAUCCCCCGGCAGCGGAUCAUGUCCUCCAGCUUCUCCCACCAGCAGAGUGUGACCAAGUGUGUGCCACGGCUGCAGUAUCAGACCAAGUGUGUGCCACAGCAGCAGUGUGUGACCCAACGCAUCCAAGAGCAGCCACGUAUAACUCGGUGUGUGACAACCUGCGUGCCACAGCAGCAGUGUGCAACUGAGGGCAUGCUGCAGCAGCCUAGAGUGACCAAGUGUGUGCCACAGCAGCAGUGUGCAACCGAGGCUGUGCCACAACAGUGUGCAACCAAGUGUGUGACCGCCUAUGCCCCGCAGCAGCAGUGUGAGACCAGAUGUGUGACCACAUGUAUGCCACAGCAGCCGUACCUGACCAAGGCCAUCCCGCAGCAGCAGUGUGCAACCAAGUGCAUCCCACAGCAGUGUGUGACAACAUACACCCCGCAGCAGCCAUGUGCAACCAGGUGUGUGACCACGUGCGUCCCACAGCAGCGUGCAACCAAAUGGGUCUCGCACCACUUUGUGACCUCUUCUGCCCCGCAGCAGUGUGCCACCACGUACAUCCCACAGCAGCGUGCAACCAGGUGUGUGACCAAGUGUGUCCCACAGCGGUGUGACACUGAUGGUGCUACCAUUUGUAUCCCACAGCAGUGUGCGACCAAGUGUGUGCAACAACAGCAGUGUGACACUAAGUGUGUGCCGCAGCAGCAGUGUGCCACCAAGUGCGUGCCACAGCAGCAGUGUGCCACCCAGUGUGUGCAACAGCAGCAGUGUGCCACUAAGUGUGUGCGACAGCAGCAGUGUGCCACCAAGUGUGUGCCACAGCAGCAGUGUGCCACCCAGUGUGUGCCGCAGCAGCAGUGUUGUGCCACUAAGUGUGUGCCACAGCAGCAACGUGCCACCCAGUGUGUGCCGCAGCAGCAGUGUGCCACUAAGUGUGUGCCGCAGCAGCAGUGUGCCACUAAGUGCGUGCCGCAGCAGCAGUGUGCCACUAAGUGUGUGCCACAGCAGCAGUGUGCCACUAAGUGUGUGCCGCAGCAGCAGUGUGCCACUAAGUGUGUGCCGCAGCAGCAGUGUGCCACCAAGUGUGUGCCGCAGCAGCAGUGUGCCACCCAGUGUGUGCCGCAGCAGCAGUGUGCCACUAAGUGUGUGCCGCAGCAGCAGUGUGCCACUAAGUGCGUGCCGCAGCAGCAGUGUGCCACUAAGUGUGUGCCGCAGCAGCAGUGUGCCACUAAGUGUGUGCGACAGCAGCAGUGUGCCACACAGUGUGUGCCACAGCAGCAGUGUGCCACCAAGUGUGUGCCACAGCAGCAGAGUGCCACCAAGUGUGUGCCGCAGCAGCAGUGUGCCACGCAGUGUGUGCCGCAGCAGCAACGCGCCACGCAGUGUGUCCCACAGCAGCAGUGUCAGUCAGGUGGAGUGAAAAUUUCAAGCCACGCUAAAAAGUACUGCUCUGCCUCCAAAUGGCCCUGGUAAAAAGGAGAAGGGAAAGGAAGGCCCACAGGAAAAGAGCUAGGUACAACUUCUGGGAUUGGCAGGGGUUAUUGAUCUCCAUGUACCACCUGCCAACUGGUUGCUGUUGCUUAAAUCUGCUUUAUCUCUGUUUUCAAGUGCUUCCCCUGUAGCUCAGCUCUAGUUUGGGCCAUAGGGUGUGAUAUUAUAUCCAUGGCUGCACUCCAGGUACCUAGGCUUGUACCUUUAUCUGCUGCAAGGCAUAGUUUAGCGGGAUGCUAUUAAAUUCUCACACAAUUAAAAUGAAUAAUGAUUUAAAUAUAUAUAUAUAUAUGUAUAAAGAAAUAGAAAUGUCUAAGGACUCCAGAUCAUGACAGCACCAAAAGGACUGGUGAUGUGGUCAGUGAAGGAGUGGGCUGUGCCCAACUCUGCAUUUAGUCCUUAGGAGACAAUGUUCAGCUUAACUUGGGUUCCACGAGGCUGCAAGUUCUCCAAAACAGAGAACUAUAAAAAAGCUAUCUAUUUUCACACCCAGAUUUGGAAGCCAAAAGUAAAUUUGCUAAGCAAACGGUGUAUGAAUCUUCCUCCAACAGCCUUCAUUUCAGAAGGUGGCCAGAAAUGCCUGCUGCUUUAAAACACUGACUCUGCGCUGACUUCAGCAGAGUCCCCAGACAAGGCAGGAUUCCUGGUUUGGUGAAGCUGAUGCUUGCUGAAAUUUUAUAUAUGAAAGUUUUUCUUCACUUGGUUGUUUUCAUGAAUACUGAAAACACAACUUGAAAAAAAAUGAAAGUCUUUGAAAUAACACUGAAAGUUGUAGCACGACUGUUUUAGAAAUGUUUGAGCUGUAAAAGCAAUUAACCAUAUUCUUUAUGCUGCUCAAAGAUGUGUACUCUACACAUUGAAAACA